AGCUCGSUAUCAUUAAGCCUUAGCACUCAGUUCAAACGUUAGAUCCUAUUAGACUUGAGAUAAAAAAUACGUUGUCGGUUUAAUACAUUUAAAGCUCGUUUCAAAUCCUAUCCAUAAAAGCUUCCCAGUUGUUUUUGCGAUGAAAAAGAGGAAAGUUAAAGAGACGGCUAUAAUUUGACAUUGGUAUCCAUGGAAGCGACGGCGAACCUCGAGUCUGACAGCUCUUGACGUCACUUUCGAGGUAAAAGAACAUUGGAGUCAUUUCAUCGAUCACGCAGUGAAAAAACUUCAACAUUUCCUUUGAGAGUACUUGAAUAUUGGACACUCUGCAGGAUUUACAAUAGAGUUUAUCUAAAAAGUGAUCUACAUUCUACUUAAUUCAUUGUCAAAUAACCUUUUUGCUUCUUGCUGCGAGAUGACGCCAACAACUUCAAUUUGCCAGAUCUGAAAGUGGAUUUGACAGUUUGAAACUGAAACUCGGAAAAUAAUAACUUGGGCGCUUUCGUAAAGCAGCUGAAAAAUCCUUCCGUUGAAGACACCUAAAGUGGAUAUAAACAGGGUAUUUGCUGUUCUAUUUUGAUUUAACAAAUCUCUGCGUUUUGUUUAUGUUAGAAGUGCGCGAUUCAAKAUGAACAAUUCAACGACCGCAACUCCUUCACAAAUGGCCGACAUUGUACUGACGCUGAUCGUCAUUAACAGUUUGAGCGGUUUUGUAGCGACAGUUUUGAACUUCUUGAUCAUCUUGACUUUUGUGAAGACGCCAUCACUACGAACAACUUCUUUUAUACUUAUUCUGAGCUUGGCUGUGACUGACUUUGGUGUUGGAGYAGUUGUUCAACCGACAUACUGUAUGAGAUUASUUCUYACYGAAAAUAAACAUCUUUUUUCAGUUGCUACUGCGGUUCACGAGGGUGCCUAUCAAAUCCUUAUAACUGCUUCUCUCUUUACUGUUACUGUUAUCACUGUGGAUCGCUUCCUUGCUGUGUUCCUGCAUUUGAGGUAUCAAGAGCUUGUGACAAUUACUCGGGCUUCCCUGACUGUGUUGCUAAUUUGGAUAGCAAGUGUAGYAAUGUAUUUCAUUCGCAAAACGGCGAAUAGUAUCAUCAUUUUCAGAAUUGAAGACGCUUUUAUGAGUUUAGUUUUACUACUAAAUAUUAUUUUGAUGCUUAAGAUAUCGUGUGUUGCGCGUGAGCACGCGGARCAGAUCCUYGCACAACAACAAUCUGUCCAUUCGACGGUACAAUCUCCCACGAACAUCAAGGCUUCCAUAAAUAUUAUGUACUACAUACUCGGAGCGUUUAUAAUCUGUUACUACCCAAGCUAUAUUCUGUACAUAAUCAAGCAAUCGACGGGAAAAGAUCUGGUGGACGUAAGUCACUUUCUACAGACUCUGGUMAUGGUGAACAGUGCCAUUAACCCGAUAAUAUAUUUUUGGAGAAUUCAAGAAAUGCGAAGAGCAGCAGUGCAGAUGUUGACGGCAAUUCGUAGGAAAAAUGCACAAAAUAAUAAUAAUCACAUCAUAUGAUGUCUCAAAGAGUUUUGCAAAAAAAAAAAGAAAGUUAGAAAUAUCGAUCGAUAUAUAAUGAUUAUAUAGGCAUUCAGAUUUAGAAGUGUUGUAAUUUGCAUAAUACUGGYAUUUUUUAUGAUAAUUAAUCAUAGCAAUAACACUAACUUAUCAGCGCAGUAACUGAGUAUUUUGAGCCUUCUUUUCAUUCUGAAUUGUUUUUCUAAAUUGUUUCUUAUAAUUAAUCUCCUUUUAAGAAAAUACCCACAACACACCACUAUUCUGACAUGUAUACAUAGAUAUUGCCGACUUCAAUUUAUUUAUCUUUAUUUAUUUUAUUUUUAUUUAUUUAUUUUUUGCAAAACGUUGUAUAAUUUAUACUAAGAGUAGUAAAUGUAAUAAUGUUUAAAAAUCAAUUUAAUAGAAAAUGAUAAUCUCAUGAAUAGAGAAAUUGCAAAAGCUUUGCUGCUUUGAUAGUAUUCAAAAGCGCGAGACAUUCAAUCCAGCUUAAAAAGACACCGAUAGACAACGAAAAUGUCAUUUGCAUCCCAGUUUAUUUUCAAAAUAUUCCGCUAAGAAAUUAUAAAUUCAAACUAAUAAAAUGAGAAUUCAAUGUUUAUUGAAAUUAUCCAAUCUUAUAUUAAAUGGCUCUUGUUCCAAUUACAUGGCAUUAUAUAUUUAUAGCCAAAGAACUUUCCGUCGCAACUGCCUAUUUUUUUAGAAUUUAAAAUUCUCACGAGCCAUAUGUUGUAUAAUAUUAUUCAUAAAGUCAYUUUUGAUUGGCUGUGCUGUAAAUAAAGUAGAAAUUAUCUCAUGCAGAAGU